CUCAAGAUGGCCGCCCCCAGCGAAUGUGGCAUCAAAGCAAGAUUUAGUUUUAGCAUUAUUGGAAUUGUGUUCGGUGUAUCCAUAUUUUUGACAUUUGGACUUCACUACAAGAACUGGAACACGUCAUUGUGGGGUUUGCUGUCGGGCAUAGCAGCAGCAUUGGCUCUGUUUGUCCACAUUCAGUACACCAGGAAGGUAUGGCAGACAUUUCCCUACAGACUCAAGUACUGGAUGUUGUUAGGAUGCUUCAUACAACUGGCGGGGGUCUGUGGCUUUGUGGCCUACAUCACAUUGGCUGUCACCAUGGGGCAGGGUCUGAUCGUCUACGGCAACGGCUACUACCUGACGUCAAUAUGGUGCUUUAUGACAUGGAAAUGGGGGUUUCUCCUCUUCUACUUCUCACGGUCAUAUAAACGAUUGUACGGCGACAUCUACACCAUCCUCCCUCAAGAUCCCAAAGACAACAUCCAUGGCUACUACUCUGACAGUUGAACGGGACAAGGGACACAGUUCAUUUCCUACAUGCUGAGGGGGAGCUGUUUAUUGUACAAGAAAACACUGCUGGAAGCUGCACCCCUUGAGGUGUAUUCUUCUCCUGCAGUGUUUUAUUGUACAGACGCAGCCCCAUGUGGUUUAUUCUCCCUGCAGUGUUUUAUAGUAUGAUAAAAAAUGACCAUGAGUCAUUUAUUGCUUAUAUGGGAUAUCAACAAUAUUUACAACCUCUUAAAGGAUGUUUAUACAAUUUAGAAGCUUUGAAAAAUAUUCAACCGUAUAUAAACAAUGAUGACUCCCUGCAUACAAUUCCAUCUCAGCAAUGUUGGACAAGUCCAUGUUAUGAAUUGGGGGGGGGGAGUUUAGUAUUUUCUGACUUUUCUCACACUCAUCAAAAUGAUGAAAAAUGACAGUUAAAAUAAUCAAAACAAUGAAAAAUUGGUAAAGAUCCUUUAUGUAAAAACCCUCUAAAAAAUAGCAUCAUCCAAUUUAGGAUGUCAUCAAGUUGCGAGCGUAUGUUGGAAUUUCCAGAAAUGAUGUCAUGAUAGAACAAUGUUUUAUCAUGAAAUAAACCACACCUCGUUCUUCAUUGUUCGUUGCGAUUUAUCGCAGAGCUAUCUUAUAUAUCAACAUUUAACAUGCCAAAGCUGCUCUAUUUACAAUACUACGACGUGGGAACAGAUUUAACCAAGUAUUCUCAUAUCAAUGGUUGCCAUUAAGUUUUAGUAGUGCUUGCCAGAUUAUAGCUUUGUAAAUAUUUACUUUUAUUGCUUUUUAUAUUAUUGGACCAAUAGGAAAAUAUUUGAAGUACAUCUUUACUUUGUUGACGAUGUUAUAUUUUUGUGUCACUUGUCUCAUAUACCAUCAAAACUAUGUGUUAAUACUUUACCUAGCGUUUGGUGUAUAACCAUCAAAAUUAUGUUAAUAUUUACCUAUUAUUUGGUGUAUAACCAUCAAAAUUAUGUUAAUAUUUACCUAGCGUUUGGUGAAUAACCAUCAAAAUUAUGUUAAUAUUUACCUAUUAUUUGGUGUGUAACCAUCAAAAGUAUGUGUUAAUAUUUACCUAUUAUUUGGUGUGUAACCAUCAAAAUUAUGUUAAUAUUUACCUAUUAUUUGGUGUAUAACCAUCAAAAGUAUGUGUUAAUAUUUACCUAUUAUUUGGUGUGUAACCAUCAAAAUUAUGUUAAUAUUUACCUAUUGUUUGGUGUGUCUCCAUCAAAAUUAUGUUAAUAUUGACCUAUUGUUUGGUGUGUAACCAUCAAAAUUAUGUUAAUAUUUACCUAUUAUUUGGUGUGUAACCAUCAAAAGUAUGUGUUAAUAUUGACCUAUUGUUUGGUGUGUAACCAUCAAAAUUAUAUGUUAAUAUUGACCUAUUGUUUGGUGUGUAACCAUCAAAAUUAUAUGUUAAUAUUGACCUAUUGUUUGGUGUAUUAGCACAAAAUGAUAUGUUAAUAUUGACCUAUUAUUUGGUGUGUAACCAUCAAAAGUAUGUGUUAAUCCUUUACCUAUGUUUGGUGUUCAUCAAGAUCAAUGAAAGUCAAGAGAGUGUUCAAAUUAUCGACUCUACAAAAUAAAAUGGCACUUGUCUGUUCGAAAUUAUUGUAAUCAAUAAGGCUGAUACUUAGUAUGGAUUAAGUACAGAUGGACUCAAGUUCUCGAACAGGGGAGAUAACUCAUAUCUUUCACUUCUGAAAUCGGUGAUGAGUUCACUCACCAAUGUCUCUCGCUAUAAAUUGUCAUCAGCUCGCUAUGCAUCAUUGAUCUGCAAUGACUAAUUAUCUUUCUUCAAUAUACAGUAAACUACAUUUAAAACUAACACAAUUAAACAAACUGACGGAUAUAACAAACUUAUUUUUUAGUUCUGGACAUUUGCUGUACAUAUGCUUAUAACAAAUUAUGAUUAUAGAGAGCUAAAAUUAGUAGUCCCUUUGAGUUCAUUACAACUGCAGUUUACUGUAUUAGUAUUGGGUUAUUACCUUAAUGCCACUAUAUAAGAUCAUAUUCUCUACUUUAUUAACAAAGUCUAAACCAAACAAAAUCAGCCCGACCAUCAAAGAUUGCAUGGUUUAUAAGUUGAGCAGCACAUCUCGGGUGGUCGGGCAGGUGGGUGUGUUAAACACUGUUGUGUGUGAUUAUACCAAUUAAAUCAGGUACUGGAGUCCGGGUUGAAUUUCGAACGCGGGUACUUGAGUCAAUUAUUUUCUACCCAACAGAGUCCUUAUGAUCAAUUUUGAUUUCUUUGUCUGAGUCACUGCUGUGUGUCUUUGUGUUAAUGUAUGGUGCAGUUGUUAUGGUGAUGCCUGGUAGAAGUAGGAUCAAUAACGUAUAAUCCAUUUCUCAUGACGGCUUGUGUCUUUUAGCCAAUCAAACGAGGCAAUUCUUUAGCAUCCUUGCAUCACUCAUGUUGUCAGUGCUAUGAGGGAUAUUUUAUUAAUUGUGAAGAUGUAAAGUCUUCCAUUUGAAUCAUGAUGUCAGACGACUGAGAUGUCAGACGUGAGAUGUCAGAUGACUGAGAUGUCAGACGUGAGAUGUCAGACAACUGAGAUGUCAGACGACUGAGGUAGUUGACUGAGUGAAGCAGGCAAUACUAAUAUGAUCCACAGGGUAGCUUCACGUUUGCUACAUAUGUAUGACGAUUUGUUACUGUGUGUACAUGUGACUGCUCUAUUAAAGUGACUGCAGUUAGUCCGGGCACAUCAUUCCGGAGCCCACAUUCCAGACACUCCUGCUGGGAAUGAUGACAUGUAUGCAAAGGGACAUUACUCUAAUCUUGAUUUGUCAAUACAGAACUUUUUUAAUCCAGACAAUUUCAGUCGUAACGCUAUCAUUUGGAUGAAGGGUUUUCACUGCAUGUACUAUGAAUCACUUCAAACUGCUUCAUUCAAUCAACAUGACAGGCCUACGCAAGUGUGACCUUCGUCCUGCGCCAUGACUGGGGGAUAUAAAUAUGUUACUAAAGCCUAGGCAAGCCGAGAUCAAGCUAAACAGAAGAGGAAGGGUUUCUUUUAGAGAGAAAAACAAAACAAUUAUUUUAAAGAAAUGUUUACAUAGACUAUGUGUUAGUCUAGUGUGACCUCAGUUAGUGUAUUUUAAGGAUCCAAGUGUAACAAGGUCAAGGAUGAAAACUAGGGAGGUUUGUUGAUCAGAGAUUCGACAGUAUCGUCUAUUGCACAGAAAGAUUACAAAGGCAGCACCUUGUUAUCCAAUGGCUGAAUUGUAUAUAUAUGAUAUUAGUUUAUUAAAUGUGUGUACUCGUCAGUUAGGGAACAACGAUUUGAACAUAUGCUUUCCCUUUAUUUAAUGUGCUUGGGACUUUUUACUGACUAUUAAACAUUUUAGGAGGCAAUUCAACAGUUUCAUAUAGGAGCAAUCUUUUAUCCUUAGGUUUUCAGAUAUUCAGAUCACUCACUCAUUGAGGUAAAUUUACCAUGUACAUUUCUAUCAGUUUGUUAAAAACAGAUUAUUCACAAAUGGCACAAGACUUGUACUUAUACACUUAUACUGAGUCAGAGAAUCGGUGUACCUGGAGACCCACCUUUUCUUCCAUGACGAUCAACUGUCUGUGAUGUAAAUAGCAGGUCAUACCUACCUGGCAGAGAUUAUUCCAGGGUGCUGUGUACAAAGUGAUCUUAGCGCUAAGGUUGUCGUUACUCCCAUACCUUAACAUAGACUUACGACAGUGGUGGCGCGAUGGUUGUUUUGAACAACAGCACCCUGGAUUGUUGGUGAGUCCUCCUCUGAUGCUGACUUAUUAGUGCUUGUCAGUAGUUGUUCUCAACUUCAGCUUGUGUUCAUAUGUCUAUAAGGACUGGUCAUUUAUUAUCAGGGAUGUGAAAUCUCCGCGGAAACGCGGAAAAUCGCGUUUUUUAAAACAGUUGUCCUCGGAAAAAAAUCAUCUUCCUCGUAAAAAAUUAAUAAAUUUUUAAAAAAAACACUCCGAAAAGUAUGAUCGAAAACCGGACAAUUGCCGCGGAUUGUAUUGUUUUCGAUCAGAGAUUUUACCAGCAUAGGUUUUCGGACUGGUCAUUUAUUAUAGAGGUGGAUUGGGGUUGUGGUGGUCUUUGUAUUGUGUCAUGUUUUGCAGACAACCCCGCAUUUUAUGUAACAGUUUUUCACAACCUCCCUCCCUAAUUUAAUGACCAGUCUCUAAAUAAAAAUCAAAUUUUUAAAUUUGAAUUUAAAAAAAAUAGAACUGUGUCCAUUUUCAUGGAAACACCCCACCCAUUCCCCUUAUGGCAAACAAUGGCCAUGUUUUUGUUAUAUUCUUAUUUUUCUACCAAACAUUCUGUGAAACAAGAAGACAGUUGGUCUUGGAUAACUUGAACAUGUAACUUAAGCAUAAUCAGUGUAUGAGUUGAUCAGAACAUUCAUAAGGUUUGUGGGGCCGGUUGGCCUACUCGUCUAAGGUGAUGCGAUUCGCUGUGCAGAGUUACGUCCCUUGGACAUGCCAGAAACCUGUGAUUGUGGGUUGGAAUCCCGGUUUGCCCCGAUUGUUUCCAGGUUUGUCAGCACAUAACCGUGCUAGUUGGUUUCACCGAAGUGGUAAACAUGUGAUACCUGCACCACUUCAGGCUUUCCUCCCACAUAAAGCUGACACACGUGAUACGUCUGUUCAAAGUGGCAUUAAACCCAAUUCACUCAAUCAUUCAGGUUUGUCAGCUUAUAUUGAUAAAGGCAGAAAUGGCACAAGUUUGGUUUACAGGGAAGUUUUUUUAUUACAGAGUCUUUCAACUUUGUCAUGAGAACAUCCAAUCUCACUGGAAUCCCAUCUUUCUCUCUGAUACUGUAGGCGUUGUUUCUGUUGAAAGAUCUGAUUUCUAUGAGAUUGGAGAAUUUCAAGAUGGUGUAUCCUUCACUGAAGUUGUAAGUCAUAUUCAUGGAAAUAUGUUGAUGACAUAUUGAUUUAAUAUCUUUUUUAUAUUGAAAAGUGUAUAUUUGUUUUUGUUGAAAAUGUUUUAUAGAUAUUUUGUUAUGAAAGUAAAAGGUAGUGUUAGGAAAUACAAAUCCUUCUUGUUUCCACUUUAUUUCCAAAAGCAGGUUUUGAUUCCUGUAUAUUUGACGUGAUAGGUUUGCUAGCUCCUUUCGUGGAAGUCGACCCUUGGGCCUUUGGUAAGACUCAAAAACAAAAGGGGAAAAGUUUUCAGGUUUGGGAAAAAAGGAAUGAAUGUUAAACAUGACAUACUCAUGUUGUUGAAAUA